AUGGGAUCUAAUGAAACUGAAAAUAUUUUUAUUGCAUUUUUGUUUGUCUACAUUGCAACUGUUAAAGACAAUGUGAUAAUUGUGGUGACCAUUGUCUGUAGUCCAGAACUGAUAGACUGCCCCAUGUACUUCUUCUUGGCAUUCUUGUCUCUAUUGGAUGAAUUCUUCUCUUCUGUCACCACACCAGAGAUGGUUGUGGACUCGUUAUAUGACAGGAAAACUAUCUCCUUUGAAGGAUGCAUGAUGCAGCUCUUUGCUGAACACUUCCUUGAAGCAGUAGAAGUGAUUGUUUUGACAACCGUGGUCUAUGACCACUACGUAGCAGUUUGUAAGCCCUUGCCCUGCUCUUCCGUCGUGAACUGGAAGGUUGCUAACAGUGGGUCUACCUGCAUAAUAAUCUUCUCUGUUUUGUUUGUAUCCUAUGGUGUCAUCCUGUGCUCUCUGAAAUCUCACAGUUCUGAAGGGCAAUGGAAAGCUCUAUUCACCUUUGGGGCCCACAUUGCCAUUGUGAUUUUGUUCUUUGUCCCAUGUAUAUUUAUAUAUGAAAGCUCAUCAUCUGCUUUCUCUUUUGAUAAAUUUGUGGCAAUAUUUUACACCAUUCCAACUCCUUUGCUCAAUCCUUUCAUUUAUGCUUUUAGGAAUAAGGAUACAAAAAAAAAAUGCAAUGAAGAAAGUUUGGAAGGGAUCCAUGGAGAUUACUAA